AUGGAAGAAAUUGAAGAAGUUGGUGUGAGGGCGGUGGGAAACAAAAAACCGAAACUUCGCAGGAUGUCAUCGAGGACUUCAACGACAUCAGUUAUCAGCGCCGCUUCUCCACACACACUGCGGAGAAACAACUCAAAAAAACCUCCACUGCAGAGAGGAAGCUCCUUCACCUUUCUCACGCCUGGGACCCCGUGGGACUUCAGUCUAAAGAGAAAACGCAAAGAGAAGGAAGAUGACACAGUCAGUCUGUCCAGCUUCGACCUGAAGGAACCCAGUAACAAGCGAGUCCGACCUCUAGCCAAAGUUUCGUCCCUCGUAAACUUGAUUUCUCCUUCAAAGAAUGGAGCUGUGCGGCGCUUUGGACAGACCAUCCAGUCUAUGUCAAUGCGUGCUGACAGUAAGUCACCAGGGAUGCUCCUCAGAGGCGGCAGCAAGCUGGCAGGUCCGACUCCAACGAAACGCAGGAACAGCACGCUGUGGUCCGAGACGCUCGACGUCCAUCAGAAGAGCACGUUCUCCACCAAAGAGAUCAAGAGACAGGAGGCAAUUCAUGAGCUUUAUAGGGGAGAACAGGAUCUCAUAGAAGAUCUCCAACUCGCACGAAAGGCAUACCAUGAUCCGAUGCUAAAACUCUCCAUCAUGACAUGGGAGGAACUGGCUCAAAUAUUUGGGGACCUGGACUCAUACAUCCCCCUACACGAGGACUUAUUGAUGAAACUGACUGAGGGAACUGGCUCUGAUGGAACAAUAUCUCAGAUUGGACAGAUGGUUAUAGACUGGCUGCCUGGUCUGAAUGGUUACAAAGAGUACUGCAGCAACCAGCUGGCAGCCAAAGCCCUGUUGGACCAGAAGAAGCAGGACAGGCGGGUCCAGGACUUCCUGCAGCGCUGCCUGGAGUCGCCUUUCAGCAGGAAGCUGGACCUCUGGAGCUUCCUAGACAUCCCGCGCUCACGCCUGGUGAAAUACCCACUGCUGCUGCGAGAGAUCCUGAAACACACUGCUCCUGAUCACCCGGACGUACCCAGUCUGGAGAGAGCUAUCACUAUUAUCCAGGGGAUUCUGUCAGAUAUCAACGUGAGAAAAGGGGAGUCUGAGUGCCAGUACUAUAUAGACAAACUGGAGUAUCUGGAUGAUAAGCAGCGAGACCCUCUCAUAGAUAACUGUAAGACCCUGCUCUGUCACGGCGAGCUGCGGAACAAGAGUGGCUCGAGGCUGCAUGUGUUCCUCUUCUGUGAGCUCCUGAUCAUGACCCGGCCGGUGACCCGUAACGACCGGAGCUGCUUCCAGGUUUACCGACAGCCCAUCCCGGUUCGGGACUUGGCUCUAGAGGACCUGCAGGACGGAGAGAUCCGCAUGGGGGGGUCCUUCAGAGGGGCUUUCACCAACGGAGAGAAAACUAAGAACGUUUUCCGUGUGCGCUCUCUGGAUCCCUCCCAUGGCCAGUCUCACACUCUGCAUGUGAACGACGUCUACCACAAGCAGCAGUGGCUCAACUGUCUGCGCACCGCAAUGUCUCAACAACAGGAAAUGGCACCUAGAGUUCAGCACACAGAGGUUACCAGGAUCAAGCGUCGCUCCUCCACCGUCUCAGCCAGCAUCUCUGACGAGGAGACCGACGAGAACUGUCCACCUGUCUCAGGUCCUAAACUCAGGCCUCAGACUCUCUCCAAAACCAGACUGGACCAGAAGUUACAAGGCUCGCUAAAGAGGAAGGAGACUGGAGUGUAGACUUUGAACCCGAAAAAAGGGAUCCUCUCAGACAGACACAUGUACACCACACUAGUCCUGUUAAGUCACAUGUCUGUCGGUGAAUUUUCAAACGACCACUGUUUUUAUGCUCUUGCUUUUGUCCUUGUCUGUAGAUGCACUGAAAAGACCAUUUCAAUCUUCUCCGUCCAAAUGUUUUGUCCAAUUCUAGUCGUGCAAUUAGUUUACAAAAAAGAGAUGUAUGUGACUGAGAUGUAUGUUUACACCUGCUAAAUGUGUGUGGAGUUAGGGUUUUAUGUGGUUACCUAUCUAUGUUUAAACAGCUUUAUACCACUUUUAGCUCAAGCUUUGUUUAAACAUUCAUUCCAGUAUUUUUCUGCUGCACUCAAAAUGCAUUUAUAUUAGGCUAUAGGCAAUGUGUGUGCAGUUGUCAGUUAUUUUGAGUGUUAUCUGUGCCAAGAAAAGGAACCAAGAUACUGAGAAACUGUGAGACCAGAAAUGUUUAAGAUUAGAUAAAAGAUAAUGAGAAAAUGUUGAGCAACAACACCAACCAUGAAUAUCAUAAGGUUAUCACAUUUCUUGGAAGAAAAAAAAUCUAGAUUUGUUCAGUGAAAUGUAAAAUAGCAAAUGAUAAAACAUUUUGUACGUUAAGA